AUGGUGGUGGGCUUCAAAAGAGUAUGGGACUCCAGCUGUCCCCUAAUUUGGGACCAGUGGGUGGAUGACAACGGGACCACAUGGAUCAUCCAAGACUUGCCCCCAGAAGACGAUGAGAAGGCCAUCAAGAUUCUGGUGGAAAACCUCUGCCCUGAUGAAACUCUGUGCAGUUUGAGCAAAAUCUCGGAGGACCCAGAAUCAAUAAAAAGUAUAAGCAACUUUUGGCGAGGAUACCUAGCACAACGCAUGUCACUAGCCUGUUAUGAAGUGAAGGAUGGUCGAAAGAAAUUAGUCGCGUUAAACGUAUGUCUCGUUCAGACACAGGGUGAAGAAGUUAAUGAUAUUGUGGAAGGAGCAAGCUUCAAGAACUUAUAUGGAGCUCUAAAAGUAAUUGAUGAUAAAAUAGAUGCCUUCAAAUCUCUGGGCAUGAGCCAGUUACUCUAUGCCCUAGGACUCGUGGUGUGCAGAGAAUACAGGGGCUCAAAACUCGGUGCCAGGAUAUUGGCUGCGAGAAAACCGCUAAGCCUUCACCACGGAGUUAAAGGCACAGCUACGGUAUUCACGGGUCCAGCUUCACAGGUCAGUGCCGCGAGAGCCGGCUUCACGUCCAUAGGAACAGUCACCAUGAAGGAACUGGCUGAGAACGGCCUAAACUACCCCAAUGACGAGAAGAUAUAUGUCAAAGUCAUGAUCAAACGGUUUGAUGAAUAG